GUUCGUCCCCCCUCGCGCCCUGACGUCAGGAAGUUGCCAAGGAAGAGAGUGGAGAGACGCCGCUAAGUGGCUCGCCGUCGUCAUGGCCGCCGCGGCGGCUGCGACUGCGGACUCGCUCUGGGAGGACAGGGACGUUCGCUUCGACAUCUCUGUGCAGCAAAUGAAAAUGAGACCAGGAGAAGUUCUUAUUGAUUGCUUGGAUUCUAUUGAAGAUACCAAAGGAAACAAUGGAGACAGAGGUAGACUCUUAGUAACAAAUUUACGAAUUAUUUGGCACUCAAUAGCACUGCCUAGAGUCAACCUCUCUGUUGGCUACAAUUGCUUUGUGAAUUUGACAACAAGAACUGCCAACUCGAAAUUAAGAGGCCAGACAGAAGCACUUUAUAUAUUAACCAAAUGUAACAAUACACAUUUUGAAUUCAUAUUUACUAAUGUGGUUCUUGGAAGCCCCAGACUGUUCACCUCAGUUAUUGCUGUACACAGAGCUUAUGAAACAUCAAAAAUGUACCGUGAUCUUAAACUGAGGUGUGCACUAAUUCAAAACAAGCAAUUGAGACUGUUACCGAAAGAACAAGUAUAUGACAAAAUAAACGGAGUCUGGAAUUUAUCUAGUGAUCAGGGAAAUCUGGGUACUUUUUUCAUUACAAAUGUGAGAAUAGUUUGGCAUGCUAAUAUGAAUGACAGCUUUAAUGUCAGUAUGCCAUAUCUACAAAUUCGCUCAGUAAAGAUCAGAGACUCAAGAUUUGGCUUGGCGCUUGUCAUUGAAAGCUCUCAGGCGACUGGAGGCUAUGUGCUUGGCUUUAAGAUUGAUCCAGUUGAAAAACUACAGGAAGCAGCAAAAGAAAUAAAUUCACUUCACAAAGUCUAUUCAGUUAAUCCUAUAUUUGGAGUGGAUUAUGAAAUGGAAGAGAAGCCUCAGCGGCUAGAAGACCUGACAGUGGAACAAGUUCAAGAUGAUGUAGAGAUAGAGUCAGAUGAGCAGACAGAUGCCUUUGUGGCUUAUUUUGCUGAUGGGAACAAGCAACAGGACCGUGAACCUGUUUUUUCUGAAGAGCUAGGACUUGCUAUAGAAAGACUAAAAGAUGGAUUCACACUGCAAGGACUCUGGGAAGUAAUGGGCUGACAUUAAUUUGAACAAUAAGUUUAAGCUCUACAAAUCAUGCCUCACUACUUUUUUGACAGCAAUCUAUUUUAUGGAAAUUAUUUAAUUUAGAAUAAACUAUUAAAGGUAGGAAUGGACAAAUGAUGUACAGUAUAUAGUUCUCAUGUGGUAGUCUCUAAUAUUUGUAACAUAUUUAUGCAAUGUAAUGUCUUUAUAUUUGUUUAUAGUACUUGAUUUCUUAAUCUGAAAUGAUUUAUUUACUUAGAAAAGUGUAUUACUUUGCUCAUCACUGUCAAUUACGUGAAUAAAAUGAGAUAAUGUGUAUUUCUGAA